AUGGCUGGCUCUCUGGGGCGGGGCCCGGCUCCGAAAGAGCGGGAAGCGCGGGGCGCUUCUGAGCACGCGCCAGGCGUCGCCGCUCGCGCUGAGGAGGCCUUCUUUAGGACUGGACCCGGGUCUCGGCUGCCCACCUCGGAGAAGAUGAAGUGCGAGAUGGACGGCCACCACGUGAAAGUGUUCGGGAGAGCAAUCCAUGCUUUAGCUCGAAUUAGUGAGGAACUCUGGCUUGACCCAUCUGAAAGAGGUCUUGCUGUGCGGUCCGUGAAUUCUUGUAGAUCAGCUUAUGCAAGUGUUUUAUUCCCAGCUUCAUUCUUUCAACUGUACCAAUGGUCAGCUACACCUGAAAUAUCUGAAAGUAACAUGCCACUGCAUCUCAAAUGUAAAUUAGGAAUGAAGUCAGUUCUGCCCAUAUUUAGAUGUCUGAAUACACUUGAAAGAAAUGUAGAGAAGUGCAGUAUUUUUACAAGUGCUAAUACAUGCCAUGUGAUUUUUCAACUCUUCUGCAAACAUGGUAUUAUAAAAACUCAUAAUCUGUCUUUUCAAGAGUCUGAGCCUUUACAAGCUGUUUUUGCAAAGAAUAUGUGUCCUAAUAUAUUGAAAGUUCAGUCAAGGUUGUUGGCUGAUAUAAUGAUUCAUUUUCCACUGAGUCAAGAAGAAAUUACUUUAGCUGUGACACCAAUGAAUGUUUGCUUUAAGAGCUACAUUGAGGAUGAAAUAGAUUUUGCCAAGUCUAUGUACACUGAAAUGCAUCUUGAUCCCGAUGAAUUUGACUACUUUCAAGUUGGAGUUGACACUGAAGUAACAUUUUGUCUCAAAGAACUGAGGGGACUGCUGGUAUUUUCAGAAGCUACAUCUGCUCCUGUAUCUAUUUAUUUUGAUCUUUCUGGAAAACCUGUGGCUUUCAGCAUUGAUGAAAUGGUGUUAGAAGCUACUUUUGUUUUGGCCACAUUAGCUGAUAUUCAAAGUAGGAGAUCUUCUCCAAGUUCAGUGUGCCUUUCACAAACACUGAAAAGGUCAGAUCUGAUAAAGUCAAAGUCAGACAUCGAAUGCAAUGUGAUAAACAUAGAGGAGUCGACCACAGUCAAAACAGCAUCCAAGAGACCCUUGUACAAUGAGAGACAGAUCAAUGCCACUGAAUUAGAAAGUUUUACUAUUCCUGCAGUGAAAAGAUUGGACACACACAUCACUGGAACAACAGAAAACGACCUUAGCAUCACGGGAGAGGUGAUGCCAAAGACUCAAGUCUAUAAUAAGUUCUGUUCCCUGUUUUUUGGAGCAGUUUCACCUAAGCAACAGAACUUCGACCACCCAUGGAUCAAUCUGGCAACAGCAAGUGACAGUGAAGAAGAUGUUAACAGUGGUCUGCUCUCCCAAGUCUUCUGAUGUUUAAUGGUGGCUCCAGAAGUUGGGCUUCCAGACUGUCACCAAGAUGAUCUGCCACUCAAAAUGCAUCUGUUUAAUGAGUUCCUAUACAUGUUCUGUUUA